CGCAGUCAGAUACAGUGGCCAUAGAUGAUCCGUUGGUGGCGCUAAUGUGCCAUCAAGCUGUUUUUUCGACCGCCAAUCGAGCCCACAGAAGAAGAGGGGGGGGGACACACACGACAUGAGGUCACGGAAGCCGAAGGGCAAGACUUUAAUCCAACAGGUGUGUCAGGGGAGGUAUGGAGGGAGGGAGGCCGAGGGAGGGUGUCAGCAAAGAGCGUCAUCCUCCAUUUCCGAUGCUGCACUCGACUCCUCGUCUGCAUUGUUAAUCCGCACUCGACCCCUCGUCAAAGUCGUCAUGCUGCUCCGGAGGCUGCGCCCCAGGAUCCGGCCGGACCCCUCGGAAGGCUUCUGGGGGACCGCCCGAACGCUCUCGACAGGCCCCCGUGGCAGCGGGCCCUUCGGCCACCGCGGCGAGCUGCGCCACGCCAAGAGGAUUGUGGUGAAGCUGGGCAGCGCCGUGGUCACCCGAGGCGACGAGUGCGGCCUGGCGCUGGGCCGGCUGGCGUCCGUCGUGGAGCAGGUGGCGGUGCUGCAGGGCCAGGGCCGCGAAAUGCUGCUGGUCACCAGCGGGGCGGUGGCCUUCGGCAAGCAGAGGCUGCGGCACGAGAUCCUGAUGUCGCGGAGCGUCCGCCAGGCGCUGCGCUCGGUCCGGCGCCACCUCACCGACACGCAGUUGCCCGCGUUGGAGGCCCGAGCGUGCGCGGCCGCCGGCCAGAGCGGCCUGAUGGCCCUGUACGAGGCCAUGUUCGCGCAAUACACCGUCUGCACCGCACAAGUUCUGGUGACCAAUCUGGACUUCUCUGACGAGCAAAAGCGGAAGAACCUGAACGGCACGCUGCGGGAGCUGCUGCGCAUGAACAUCGUGCCCAUCGUCAACACCAACGACGCCGUGGCGCCGCCGCCGCAGCCCGACAGCGACCUGCAGGGGGUAAUCAGCAUCAAGGACAACGACAGCCUGGCAGCCCGGCUGGCUGUGGAGAUGGAGGCCGACCUGUUCAUCGCGCUCUCCGACGUGGCGGGGUUAUACAACCGCCCCCCCGGAACCGACGACGCCAAACUCAUCGACGUCUUUUAUCCCGGAGAACAGCAGUCCAUCACCUACGGGACCAAGUCCAGAGUGGGCCUCGGUGGCAUGGAGGCCAAAGUCCAGUCGUCCGUCUGGGCGCUGCAAGGCGGCACCUCGGUGGUCAUUGCCAGCGGCACCGAUCCCAAAGUCACGGGCCACGUCAUCGCCGACAUUGUGGAGGGCAAGAAAGUGGGCACGUUCUUCUCUCAGACCAAACCGUCCGGGCCGACCGUGGAGCAGCAGAUAGAAAUGGCGCGCCGCGACGGGAAGAAAUUGGCUUUCCUGCCACCGGAGCAGAGGAGCGAGAUGAUCCACCGCCUCGCGGAUCUCCUGAUUGACAGGAAAGACGACAUCCUGUCCGCCAACAAGAUGGACGUGGCCCUGGCCGCCGACGCAGGUCAGCCGCGUGGAAAAAAAAAAAACAAAACUGCUGCUUGGCAACAUGCAAUUGGCGAGCGACAUCACUUCCUCCCCGCAGGUCAGCCGUCUGGCGGCGCGCUGACGCGGGCCGAGCUGGACGAGCUGGCGGCCGGCCUGCGCCGGGUGGCCUCGGUCGCCUUGGACUGCGUGGGCCGGGUUCUGCGCAGGACCAGGGUGGCCCCCCAGCUGGAACUGGAGCAGAUCGCCGUGCCCAUCGGGGUCGUCCUGGUCGUCUUCGACGGCCGGCCGGACUUCCUGCCGCAGGUGUCAUCUCUGGCGGUCGCCAGCGGCAACGGCGUCCUGCUGAAGGGCGGGCGAGAGACGCCCAACACCAACCGAGUCCUGCACCGGCUGGCCCGGGAAGCCCUCGCCGUGCACGACGUCGCCGAGGCCGCGCAGAUGCUGAGCGCCCACGAGGAGGUUGGGGACGCGUGCCGCCCGGACGGGCCCGUCGACCUGAUCGUCCCUCGCGGCUCGGCCCGACUGCUGCGGGACGCGCGGCGGGCGGCCGGCGGCGUCCCCGUCCUCGCCGCCGGCGACGGCGCCGUCUGCCACGUCUACGUGGACGUCCAAGCCAGCGCCGACAAAGCGCUCAGGAUCGUGAGAGACUCCAAGUGCGAGGAGCCGGCGGCGUGCAACGCCAUGGAAACGCUGCUGAUCCACCGAGACGUACUCGGGAUGCCGAUCUUCGACCGCAUCGUUGACAUGUUGCGCGCCGAGCGAGUGCAGAUCCGGCCCGGCCCCGCGUUGGCCUCCCUCCUGCCCUUCGGCCCCCCGGGCCCCCUCCGGUCUUGGCGUGACCCCGAAUGCCGCGUGGAGCUGGUGGACGGCGUGCAGGCGGCCGUCCGGCACAUCCGCAAGCGCGGCGGCUCCCACACGGACGUCAUCGUCACGGAAAACGAGGACACGGCGGAGCAGUUCCUGCGGCAGCUGGACAGCGCCUGCGUCUUCUGGAACGCCAGCUCGCGUUUUGCCGACGGCUACCGCUUUGGACUGGGAGCGAUGGCGGGCUUCAGCACGGCGCGCGUCCACGCCCGCGGCCCCGUCGGCCCGGAGGAGCUGCUCACCACCAAGUGGGUCCUGCGGGGGGACGGGCACGCGGCGGCCCGUUUCGGGCGUCCGGGCGGCGAGGGCUUCCUGCACGAGGAUCUGCCCACGGGCCGGGCCGACCGACGUCAGCGGCUCACUUGAAAACGUUGCUGUGCAAAUUUCACACGGCAACAAAACGCGUUUAAUACUUUACGUGUCGUACCCUGAGUGGGGAGUUUCCACCAAAUUUGCACAAAAAUACUAAACAUAUCAUCCUUGUCCACUUCCAGGCAUCUACCUCCAAAUUCUUUGAUCAGAAGAAGUCAUUGAAAAAAAAAUUGGGGAUGCAUGUUUACCCAUCCAUCCAUUUUCAUAGCCACUUAUCCUCACAAGGGCUGCAGGAGUGCUGUAAACCCUGAACUGGUUGCCAGGACAAGGACAAUUAUCAGUACCGUCACUGAGCGGGAAUCGAACCCACGCUGCCCACACCGAGGUCGGGCGUGUGUACCACUACACCAUCAGUCACUCGAUGUGUUCAAAGCUAACAGAACGUGUUUUGACAUAUUUUUCUGUCAAAAAUGUGGAAAUACUUUUUUUUUUUUUAUAAUCUGAAAAGCAAGUUUUUCCCACUUAUUCUGUUAGGGGUUGCCAAAGUGUGACAUCUUAGAUGAACGCACAUAUUUGUUUGGCACUGUUUUUUUUUUUUUUUGAGUAGAGGCAGCAGUGGGAUACGAACUCACAACCCCUGGCUUACCAAACCAAUGCUCUAACCACUGAGCUAUGGGGCCUCUUUAGUAUUGACCCAAAAACAUUUGAUACGCGCUUUUCGUAGGACACACCUUGUGAGUUUUUCUAUUACCCCCAAAGAGAUAUUUUUGAAAAACACAUUCACUGCCAUUGACGGAUUUAGACGUCAAAUAUCCAACGUUAACUGGGAAGGUUGCCAGUGAAUGAGUAUGAAGAAGAAACCGCCAAAAUUUGGAGACACGUCUUUUACCCUGGACCCGUGUUUUAUUUUCAUUAUAGAUGCAAAAGAAAGUCAUUUUAUUUUUUAAAUUACAAAACAGGUAUCAGAAUCAACUUUUGCUAAUUUGUACACAAAUAGCAAGUGUUUUUUUUUUUUUUUUUAAAUCAGACGUUUGGAUUUUUUUUUUCUUUUCCCCUCAAAAUACCGAAAUCCAUUUUGAUGUAUUUUUUUUCCCCGAUUGAAAGAAAAUCACGAUCAAACGGAAAGGUCACGGUCAAGUCCAGAUCUUCCCAAGCGGCCUGAAUCUUCGGCGCUGACUGGAGCAAAAGUUGUUCCUGCUUAAUUGGGAAUAAUUCCCGAACUUUCCGCCGCGAUCACAGCACUUUCACCGCAAUUAACGUACAUGAACCGCGUUCGGAUUGUACGCGCGAUUUCCAUCGGGGAGUCCUUACGAGACCCCCCCUUUAUGAAGAGAACAACUUUUUCAAUGAAGCCUCUCCUUGAAGAAUAAUAUAGUAGCAUUAAAAAAACAUGUUAAAAAGGAAUAUUGGGAUAUUUCAUUUCAAACGCGGAAGAAUUUGGUCGACACGUGCGCUCGCGCGUCGUCCUGCUUUUAAGACAAAAGAACACAAAUUAAGCGGAGGGGCCGGAAAGGAAAGAAGCGCGACUGAAGUCUUUGGAAGCGUCUCGCCCCAAAGGGGAAUCGCAAUUGCUGGAAGUGGGGCGAGAAAGACAAAAAAAAAAGAUGCGAGACAAUACUACAGAGGUUUAAUUAUCCGGCCGUCACAAAUGGAAAAAAAGAGCCAGAAGGAGACUUCACAAUGGGAAUCACAGGAUUUCGCACUCUUUCUUUUUUCUUCUUCUUAUCAUCUAAAGAAGUCCAAAAAACGCAAGACUUUACCCUUCAAUCAAGUCCCCGGCACCAAAGACAAAACUCCACCAUCUUCCGCCUUGAAACUCUGCAAAUGAAAAGGCAGCAAAAAAGCGCCGCCCGCCCGCCCGCUUCCUGUCGUCGUUUUAACUAUUAGCGUUGCAACGUUUCUUCUACUUUCCACAUUUUUCAACUCUAAUUUAGGUUUAAAAUCAAAGUUAAACAAACAAUUUAAAAAAAAAAAAAAUCUAAAGUUUGGAGGUACAUUUUGUAUUUUUUUCCUUCUGUACUUAAAAUAAAAAAAAAAAGAUUACACAUUUUUCCCCACCCAAUUUCAUGUAGAUAUUGAGCGAACCAAUCAGAGGUAAACACUACCUCAACCAAUCAGAGGACAGACAGUGGUAACAAAAAACAAAACAAAAAAAAAAAAAGCUAAGAAUUGGAGAAAAAAAUUACAUGCGGGGACGCCUCGGUUGUCGACCGCAAUCCCUUCCACAAAACGGUUCGAGAAGUCAUUUGUUCGAAAACCGAAUCGAUGUUUCCCAUUACAACGGAUGGAAAAAGAAAUAAUGCG